UUCAGUUGCUGCCCUAUAUACUGUAUAUAUACAAGGACACACCACCAAAGACUCACGGAGAUUGUUAACUUGUGACAUACUACAAUGUCUAAAAGACUACAGUUAAGCCACGAUGGACAUGACGAAUGUGAUGAAGACAUUAGACCUUAUACCAGACAAUUUAACCAUGGACAUGGAGAAAACAGUGAAGAGUUAGACAUGCUGUCUACCAAACAGUGGCAGAAAGAUGGCAUAAAUGAAAUUGAUGAGGCUACUAUCAAAAAGUCAGAAGUGCAAAAUACGAAAUCCUUACUUGGCAUGAUUGACACGUACGACAGACCAGCGAGUGCCAGUGCAGAAGGAGGUUAUGCUGAACAAGACUUAUAUGCAUCAGGUUUUGAAAACAAACCAGGAAAGAGGCUUCCCAAGGCUGGAUACCUUGCAGAAGCAGGAGUUGGACGAGCUCGUGCUGAAUACAGUGUAUUUGAAGCUGAAGCCAAAGGUCCAAGUGCCUCAUUUGAUGCCGAAGCCAAACUGGGUAAACUCGGAGCAAUGGCUCGAGCUGAAAUUGCCAGUGCAUCAGCUAAAGCCGGUCCAAUUGGUGUGAAAGUGGGACUAGGCUUUGACACGGGUGCAUCUAUUGGUGUGGGUGGGAUGGAGGCCAAAAUCCUGGGAAUUGGAUUCUCAUUUGGUUCAAAGAUGGGAUUAUCCUUUCUGGGUUCAGAAGUGUCAUUUUCAUUCCUUUAGCCACAACAGGUAUUCAUUACCUUUGAAUAUUUAUGUAUAACAUUUUACUAUAAAUUUAUCCUAAAAAUCUCUGUCUCAGUUUUGACUGCUCACAUUAGAAAUCACCACUGCAGAAUCGUCUGCACAUUUAUUUGGCACAGGUUUUC